UCGUCAGGGCAGUAUGUAUACUAACAGCCAGCGAAUAUUCUGUUCUCAUGUGGAUAAGAAGUCUCCAGAAAUGGCGAUGCUAUGCUUCCCACCCAAAUCCUCGCCUCUCUUCUUCUCCGCCUCCUCCUCUCCUCUCCUCCCUUCUCCCUCCGCUGGCUUCCGCCGCUCCGGCGUCGGUUUCGCCGUCUUCUCCUCCCACUCCAACCCCCGCAUCCUCAAAUCCACCCGCCGGUCACGGACGGGCCGCCUGAUCUCCCCAUACGAUGACGAAGACAAUGAUAAAGAUGUCGAUGAGGAGGAGGACGAAGACGAGAGCGAGGAAGGGGAAGAUGAUCUUUCAGAUGUUGAAGAUCAAUUCUCUGAUAGAAAAUUGUCAAAGAUUUACUCAACUGAACCAAAUAGAAAGCCAGGACAACAUCAGGUACUGAGAAAAGGACGGCAAAACAGAUUGUUAGAAAGUGCACAAAGCUUCAGGCUUUCAAAUGGUUCGCUGAAGGUUGAUGGGGAAAUCAUCUCAAAGAAAAUAGAUCAUCAAUACAACUUAGGUAGAUCUUACGAAAUGGAGCAUGUUGAUUUGGAGAAUGCAAAGCAGAAGAAUAGUAACUUUGCAAAGAGCAAAUUUCAGAAACUAGCAGAAGAAAUAGAUUUUGAUGAGAAGUGGUUCCCCCUAAUUGAGUACUUGAGCACUUUUGGUUUGAAAGAUUCUCAUUUAAUUUCCAUCUAUGAGAGACAUAUGCCUUGCCUUCAGAUAAAUUUGUCUUCUGCUCAAGAAAGGUUGGAGUUCUUGUUGAGUGUUGGUGUCAAACACAAAGAUAUCAAAAGGAUACUUAUGAGGCAGCCUCAAAUUCUGGAGUACACUGUUGAGAACAAUCUCAAGUCCCAUGUUGCUUUUUUGGUUAGUAUAGGAGUUCCUCACUCUCGUAUAGGGCAGAUUAUAACAGCAGCCCCAUCUUUGUUCUCUUAUAGUAUCGAGCACUCAUUGAAGCCAACAGUCAGGUAUUUGGUUGAAGAGGUUGGUAUCAAGACAAGUGAUAUCAGCAAAGUUGUGCAGUUGAGCCCCCAGGUUCUUGUCCAGCGGAUUGACAAUUCAUGGACUUCACGCUUCUCUUUUCUGUCGAAAGAAUUAGGGGCUCCUAAGGAUAGCAUAGUCAAGAUGGUCACCAAGCAUCCACAACUCCUCCAUUACAGUAUUGAGGAUGGAAUAUUGCCUAGAAUAAACUUUCUCAGGAGCAUCGGCAUGUGUAAUUCUGAUAUUCUGAAAGUGUUAACAAGCCUUGCUCAGGUAUUAUCUUUGUCAUUGGAGAGGAACCUGAAGCCUAAAUAUCUGUAUCUAGUUAAUGAACUACGGAAUGAAGUGAAGUCCUUGACAAAAUAUCCUAUGUACUUGAGCUUGUCCCUUGAGCAGAGAAUUCGUCCCCGUCAUCGAUUUUUAGUUUCUUUGAAGAAAGCUCCAAAAGGCCCAUUUCCUUUGAGUUCAUUGGUUCCUUCUGAUGAAUGCUUUUGUCAACAGUGGGCGGGAACUAGUUUAGAGAAGUAUUUGGCAUUUAGACAGAGUUUACAACUGACUGACUUUGCUAAGAAGUAUCAAAGAAAAGUAUAAUUCACUUUUUACUCGAGUCAAUACAAAAGCUACUAGGUCAAGUUUUGAAAGACACGUAUAAAUGCAUGAUCAGCUUUCUAAGUAUAAGGUCAUUGGAGCUAUUCAGGAUGAACUGUCUUAUUAAGCUGAUUCUGAUCAUGUACCGGGCAUAUGGCUACCAUUGGCUUGAGCUGCAUGCAGUAGGAGUUAUUUCAUUGACGUUAUAUGUUUAUGUAUAGAUAUCUUGAAGGUGAAUUAGUUAUUUCAAUGAGAGAAAAAUGAUGAGGCUUACGCAUCCACAGUUUGCUUGCAUCUUCUUUAGAGCUGAGUGCACUUUGGUUCUUGUUGCUGCAAGUUUGUUGUGGGAAGGUGUAAGCCGGCAUCCCGGUUGUUUGGAGACAUUUCUUCAGUGCUUUUGUUCAGUAUAUAUUAUGAUAUUGUGCUUCCAUGGCCAACCAUACUCAUCUAAAAUUCUCACAGAAAUCGGAUAAACUGUUACUGUAAAAUUUUGUUUUAUGGUAUGACAACAAGAUUGUGGUCAAGUGUAUCAAUAAAAUUUAUUAUACUAACUUCUGGUUUGC